GCGGGCGGCCACGUCGCGGCGGGCUGAGGGAGCCCCGGCGGCCCUGUCCCAGCCGGAGCCCGGUCCAGGCGCGCUGCGGGACACGGCGGCUCCCGCGCCCCUCUGUGGGGCCAGGGCGCCCCCGAGCGGCGGGGCGCGGAGCCGCUGUCCCUUCGUUGCUCCCGCGCGAGGCCGGGGCUGAGGCGACGGCCGGGCCGGGGCCCAGCACCAUGCUGCUGCCGCCGUACCUUCUGCACCGCUCCGCCUGACGAGGAACGGGACGAGCCAUGCAGCCGGCGCUCCGGUAGGUGAGCGCGGCUCUGCUUGGGCCGGAGCUCCGCGGCCAGCUCCUCAGCAGCGCGGCGGCACCGGCACCAUGAGGAACGGCGAUGACCUGGAGGGCUUCGACGGCGAGGCAUCCAGCACCUCCAUGAUCUCGGGGGCCAGCAGUCCCUACCAGCCCACCACAGAGCCCGUCAGCCAGCGCCGCGGCUUGGGCGGCCUCCGCUGCGACCUGGACUACCUGCGGGGCACCUUCGGCAGGAUCAAGCUGGCCGAGGUGGUUUUGGCACUGAUUGCAUUCAUCUGCAUAGAGACCAUCAUGGAAUGCUCCCCUUGCGAAGGCCUUUAUUUCUUUGAGUUUGUGAGCUGCAGUGCAUUGGUGGUGACUGGAGUUCUGUUGCUUAUGUUCAGUCUAAAUCUUCACACAAGAAUACCACAGAUCAACUGGAAUCUUACUGAUCUGGUCAACACUGGACUCAGCACUUUCUUCUUUUUCAUUGCCUCUGUAGUACUUGCUGCUUUAAACCAUAAAACUGGAGCAGAAAUUGCUGCUGUGAUCUUUGGUUUCUUGGCAAUGGCAGUGUAUGCUGUGAACACUUAUUUAGCUGUUAAAAAGUGGCGGAUGAGCAGCAGGCAGCAAAGCAGUCGUCAGAGCAGCGACUACAUCCGAGCUCGGACAGAGUCCAGAGAGGUGGAUCACCGCCCCGAGAUCCAGCGGCUCGACGCGUGACAGCCAUCUCCACGUGCAGCUGCAAAGAACUGCUCAGCUCCCUGGUGGAACAAAGGGGUUUGGGGUGGUUGUUUUAUUGUUGGUUUUGGGUUUUU